UAUUAGAAGUGUUUUUCCUUUAGACGAAUAUUUUCAAUAAAAUUUUAUUUUCUACGACGUAAUGAUAAGGCUAGGUUUCCCGCCACUUGUGGCCUGUUUGUUGGUCUUGUAUGGUUGUGUCGUGAGGAGUGGGUGUGCAAUUUAGGUUUUGUUAAGGUUUAACGUCGUGAAAAAUGGGGUUACUAGAUGAUGCAGACGAAAAUGUAUUUAAACGACAUCAAGAAUUGUGUGUGAAUUUAAAUAUGGAUAAAGACGCAGCUGAUGAGGCUUGGCACAGUUAUGAAACAAUACGACAAAAUUAUACGUUGGAGGGAGACCAGCUUCACUGGCUAGGCUGUGCAUUGUAUGUGGCAUGUCGCAAAUCAUCCACGCCCACUGUGGGGAGGUCUGGAGCCAUGGUAGAAGGAAACUGUGUCAGCCUUACACGACUCCUCAGGCUUUGCAAAUUAAGCUUGAUCCAAUUCUUCAGCAAGAGCAAGAAGUGGGCAGACAUGGCUAGCAUGCCAUCAGAGUUCCGCAGCAAAAUCGACAGGCUAGAGCGCAACUUCGCUGUUUCCAUGGUCAUAUUCAAGAAGUAUCAGCCAAUUUUUGUUGAUAUGUUUUACAAUUCUACUGAAGACCAGCCACGCCAACCACGGUCCAGGAAGCAGCGAAGCAUGCCUUGUACUUCAGCCAAAGUAUUUGACUUCUGCUGGACAUUGUUUGUGUGCGUCAAGGGCAAGUUCCCUGGUGUUAGUGAUGAUCUAGUCAACUCAUAUCAUCUGCUACUAGCCUGCUGUGACCUGAUGUUUGCCAAUGCCAUCCUUGCUGAUCGACGGGAAAUUCUUAACCCAAAAUUUCCUGGACUUCCAUCAAACUUCUUCGACCAAGAAUAUACUACACCUUCUCAGGCACCAUGUAUUAUAGACCACCUGUGCAAGAAGCAUGAUGGGAUCCCUGUAGAAGCAAAAGGCAUUAAGGAGUAUUCAUGGAAGAUUCACAUAAAGAAACUGUUAGACACAGGUGUUUUGAAAGGUGAUGCUUCCAGCUUGAGUGGAAUCUUGGAACAGGGCCGCUUCGACUACAAUUACAAAGCUGUCAGCAGAGCGUAUGAAGAGUAUGUUCUGAGUGAGGGAGAUUUUGAUGAGAGAAUAUUUUUAGGUGAUGAUGCAAAUACAGAUAUUGGCACCCCAACAAAGAUGUGUGGAAUGGGAGAAUUCACAGAGAAGAUUCAGGCGAAAAGAGCAGGAAACCAAAAGUACAGUAUGCAGCAGUUGGCUCCGUCAACACCACUGACAGGACGCAAGUAUCUGAAGAGCAAGGACGUGCAGCAUAAUGUUACGCCGGUUUCUACAGCCACACAGAGUGUGAGUCGAUUGCAGACCCUGCUCGCAGGGCGGCAAGCUGGUCCUAGUGAAACCCUUCUUGAAUUGUUUAGGUCGUGUAGUUGUGAUCCAAAGGAAAAGAUUGAGGAGUGGGUGAGGGAAAUGGGGCAUCUAUUUUGUACUCGCUACACUCAGCACACUGAUGAUCACCCCGGUAAGCACAUGGACUUUGCACGCAAACGGCUUCAGCUUGGAGAGAGCCUGUACUACAAGCUGUUAGAGAACAUCCUAGUUGAGGAGCGGAAAAAGAAGCCUGACUUAGAUCUCACGAAUCUCCUGGAACAGGAGGUGUUCCAUCAGUCUUUGUUUGCUUGCUGCUUGGAAAUUGUGAUUUAUUCGUACAACUCCCAGCGGAUUUUCCCUUGGGUGCUGGAAGCUUUGAACCUGGAGGCGUAUUACUUUUACAAGGUGAUCGAAGUGAUAGUGAAGGUGGAAGAUCAGCUGUCGCGGGAUAUGGUGAAACAUCUGAACAUGAUAGAGGAGAAGAUUUUGGAGACACUGGCAUGGCGCAGUGGGAGCCCGCUUUGGGAGAAUAUCCGCAAAUCUGGACUGCCAGUACCAUCUUGUGAAGAUGUUUGCUUGCCUAAUCAGUUGGAUGACACUACAUCUUCGGUACCGUGCCCCAACCCAGUAAUCCGAAGGCUCACAACAGGACUUGACAGGACAGCCUCAACUCAGAAUCCUCCUCAGUCACCAAUAUCAUCAGUUUCAGAGAGAUUUCAAUCACCAGUAGUGUCGAGUUUGGCAAAAAAACGGCUGUUUUCAGAGGGACCUGGCCUGAGUAAUGUUAUAAGGACAUCUGUAGUGAAACCUGGGCAGUCUCUUCUACAGACAUCAGCAAAAACUAUGUCUAUUAACAUACAAACAAUUGAAGGUGAGAAUGGUCAGCGCUACAUUCCCAUCUCGUACGUACCUGGUACUGGAAGUGUUAUCAUUCAGGCCCAGCCUACAGGAACACUGAAACAGCCACAGCCUUCUGCUGCACAGCAGAUAUCGCCUAACAGACAGCAACUACAGCUGUCACCAAACCAGCAGCAACAACAGACGGCAAGUAAAGACAAGAAGCCAAAACGGACAGGAUCCUUAGGCCUGUUCUUCAGAAAGUUCUAUCACUUGGCCUCAGUUCGCAUACAAGAAAUGUGUCUUCAUCUUAUCGUAAGGGACAUGGAGCUCAAACGCAAGAUCUGGACAUGUUUUGAGCACUCCAUUAUUCACCACACAGACCUGAUGCAGGAUCGUCAUCUGGACCAGAUCUUAAUGUGCUCGGUGUAUGUCAUAUGCAAGGUGGCCCAGAGUGAGAGAACUUUCACAGAAGUCAUGCGUUGUUACCGCCUUCAGCCACAAGCGGCAUCACAUGUCUACCGCAGUGUCCUCCUUUCCUCCAAGCGCAGACGGGGUUCUGGUUCCUCCAGCAAUGGCACAUCAAAUGCAUCGAGUCCUGUCCCCAGUGACACUGAGGUCAAAGGUAAGAUUAAUUAUACAGUAGUCGUUCCUGAUGAAUAG